UGUCACAUGUGAAAAUUUUUAUAAGAGAAUUGUGACUACGUGAUUUUUUUUCAGAAGAAUAACAGCAAUUAAAUACGUGAAAAAUUGGCAAAUAGCAAAGCAAAUAAUAAAUUCUGAAGAACAUAAAUUGUUUAGUAACGCCUUAAAGUAAUUCUCAAGCAAAUAAAAAUGGUUGGAAUCAAGAGUUUGCGAGAAAAGCAUGCAGCUCGGCAGCCAGCAAAUCUUAUAAUGGCACCGAAGCCAGUACAUCCGCGCGCCGUCCGAACACACGGCUUCUUCGGUGUCUCAUUUGUGCGUCAACAUAUGGUCAUUGAUGAUCGCUGGACUCCAACCUCCUUGACGGAGCAAUUCAAGGGCAUGGCUGACUUAUUAUCAAAGCGUUUGGUUUUCAAAAAGCUAGAAGCGGCAGCUAAUCACAAGCGUUACAUACGCGAAAACCGCAAUUUGAAGCGUCAAUGCCGCGACGGACGUACGAAGCUCUCCAAUGUGCUCUACGGCGACAAUACCAAGAAGAUACGAAAUUUUCUAAUCAACCACAAGGACAUGCAGCGCUUGUAUCAGAAGAUGCCCGUUGAACUGGUUGUGGACAAUAUUAAUCAGCGCACAUUUGUAAUGCGCAAGGAACGGGAUCGCUUAAAGUUUCGGCUGGAUCAGUUGAAGAAUGUAUACAAGGAAAAACUGCUCGAGCGCGCUGUUUUGCAAAAUCGCAUCAAGUACGAGAACGAGUUCGUAUUGGAGGAGGAGUUGAAGUCGCGCGUUUUUCGCAAGAAAAUUGAGAACUCCAACGUACGCUUAAAGGCGAUAAAAACUAUUAAUGGCACUUACAGGAAGAUGAUCCAGGUGCUGCGACACGAUGGCAUUUUUUAUGAGCCAAUUUUGCGUUCGCUCAGCCAAGACAUUGAGGAUCAAUCCAAUUUCAUUAAACACAUUCUGUAUUUGGGCAUGCCGGCGAUUGCGAAGUUCAAGGAACUUAGUGAGGAGUAUAGGCAAAUGGAAGAUAAAUCGCGUAAAAGUAUGCAAAGUAAACUCCAAAUGAUGUCUCAAUACCGCAAGGAGGGAAAACGGGCAAGUGUACCCAAACUUGCACAGAAGCCGGAAGACCCCUUAUCGAAUGCUAAACGUUAUGUCCGUGAAACAGCGAGUAUGUUGUUCCUCAAGAAUGAGUUGGAAGUCAUUGAGGACACCAUAAAACAAGUAAAAUUCGCAACGCUUUGCUCUCAAGCUAAAGAGAUUUACCCAAGGAUAAAAUCACAAGUGGAGAAUAACUUCAAGUUGAAUAAAAUGAUCGAGAACGAUAUGCUUGGGCAUCAAACGCUGGAAACAAAGAUGAAGCGUGCUGAGGUGUUGGAGGGCAUUUUGGUCAAUAAUUUGUCGGAGCAGGAGAUUGAGCGACUCGAUCGCAUACAGGAACUGAAAGACGCCAUUAAAGAGGAGGAUAAAGAAGAAGAGAAAUUGAUUGCGUACAUCAAGAAUCGUGCCGAUGCAUAUGUGAUGCUGCGCUUCUCUUUGUGGAACUUGAGCGAGAUACUCCGCCAUGUCGAUCGCCCUGAUAAGCCUUCGCGUAUAAAAUAUCCAAAUUCGUAUUUACGCUUACCGCUGUUGAAGUUCGAGAUGUUGACCAUGCGCGCUUGUCCCCCCGAACAUUACGAGGAGAAUAUUGAUACAAUUAUGCAUUCGGUUAUCCGAAAGGUGUAUAAGUUAAUGCGCGCCUACAAAGAGGAGGUGCCAGCCGCCACAAUGGAGCGCUACAUUGAUAGCUACCAGAAUGAGUUCCUCGAUAGCAUGGAAAUCGAAGAUGCCGGCGAUAGCAACGAGGUGCAAGAGCAGGAGGAAGAGGAAGAUCUAUUGCAGGAAUCGAAACCUUUGCAAAAUGUUCCCAAUCGCAAGCAGAUCAAAGCACAGAGUGCAAAACUGGUCGAAGAGCUGUCUAAAAAAGAAGAUUAAAUUUUCGUUCUUUUAUGGAUUGUUGGAG